AUGGGGGAAAGAGACUGGGUAAACCACAGAGAGAGCGAGCGAAAAACAGCAUUUGAAGGAUUGUUUCGUCAUGUUCGGCUGGGUUUCCUGUCGCGUGACAGUUUGCAGGAUAUCGUGACAAACGAACUUGUCCGUGACAGUGCUGUCUGUUUGAGGCUAACAGUCGAUGCUACUUUUAAGAUGGCUACUUUUGUCAAUGAAGAUGAUCUCCCACAGUCAUCGAGAAAGGGAACUGAUACACGUGUUAUUGUAGUUCGGGGUGGCAAGUACACUUUUUGUUAUAUUCCUGAAGAAGACCACUGGAAGCGUUUACCUGAUGGUACGAAGGAGCUCAAUGCCAUUACAUCGAAGAUGAUAAAAUUCCGUGAUCAGUUGCUUACCUUCACAAAAUCUGUAGGUGCAGAGAGAUACGAUCCAAUUUUUAACGAUUGGUCAGCCUUGAAAUCGCACGCGGAGUCCUCUAACGUAGCUAUCGUUAAAGGGGAAAUUUAUGCUGUUCAAGUAAACACCACUGACCAGAAAACUACGGUCGUAAAGUACAACGUAGAGCUGCGUAAAUGGGAGACAGUUGAUCUCUCGUUUGAUCAAGAUUGUAGACUGGAUACUUGUGUUGAUGCAGCUGGUAGACACCUGUAUAUGAUUGGUGGGUGGAUAAAUACACAGGAAUAUUUCGCAAGUGGUGAGAGAUUUGACACUGUGGAAAAGAAAUGGGAAGAAAUUGCUGAUAUGCUGGUAGAAAGAGGUGGCGCUUUUGGGGUGGCCACUCGAGAGAAAAUCUUUGUCGCUGGAGGGGCAUGCAGAGGAAAAUUAUUAAAUACUUGCGAGAUGUAUGAUAUAUCAAAAAAUGAAUGGCAACUUUUUCAAUGCUGA